ACAAUGGAGCUCUCGCAGUAUGUGCAGCAGGGCUUGCAGAUGCUGGCCGAUCCCGGCUGCUUCGGCCCCGGCGCCUUCGCGCGUCUGCUCCGGGCGGCUUUCCAGAGCCUGCUGGACGCGCAGGCGGACGAGGCCGUGCUAGAUCACCCAGACUUGAAACAUAUCGACCCAGUAGUAUUAAAACAUUGUCAGGCAGCAGCUGCCACCUGGAUACUGGAAGCUGGAAAGCAGAGAGCUGACAAAUCAGCCCUAAGUACUUACCUAGAAGAGUGUAAAUUUGACAGAGAGCGAAUAGAACUGUUUUGUACGGAAUACCAGAAUAACAAGAAUUCCCUAGAAACCCUACUGGGAAGUCUAGGCAGAUCGCUUCCUCAUAUAACUGAUGUUUCUUGGCGAUUGGAAUACCAGAUAAAGACCAAUCAACUUCAUAAGCUGUACAGACCUGCAUAUUUGGUGACCUUGCAUAUAGAGAACACUGAUUCAGAAUCCCACCCUGAGAUUAAUUUCAGCUGCAACAUGGAACAAUUACAGGACUUGGUGGGAAAACUUAAAGAUGCUUCGAAAAGCCUGGAAAGAGCAACUCAAUUGUGACUCGGGGAAGUUAAGUAUGCUCCGGUCUAAAGACCAGAAACACCUUGCCUUCAGCGGAACCAUCGCUUGGAGCUGGGCGUAGAAGCAGUUUUCCUCAUUCAUGUAUGCUACUCAUCAAUGUUGACACUUCUGUUUUUACACAUUGAAAUUCUGCCAGCUUGAGUGUUUGAAUCAUCCUUAGUAUUAACUAUACAUUUAUUCAUCCUACUUUUGAUCUUCCCCCCGUUUUUCGACAAUAGCACAUGUUAAAUAUUACACCGAAUAAAGAUCUGUCGGCCCCCCCAAACACA